AAAUUCGUCAAGUAUUUCACGUCGACUACAAGUUUACAUGGUACUUCAGAAAAUACCUUAGUUUUACCAUUGCAUAUGUCAUUAUUUAGGGCAUGAAGUUGAGCUCUGUCGGGGAAACAGCCGUGAGGUGGACACGGGUCACCGACUCGGAUGCUUAUGGAUUAUUAUUUUUUCUGCAUUAAAUGCAAAUCACGUGAGAUGAAUGUGCAAUGACAGUGUCCCGACACCGAGCCGUCUCGCGCAGUUCUAGAGGAACGGACACGCGCUCACAUUCUUUCAUGUAAUCGAGCACCUCAUCGCUUUUUUACUGUGUUUUCUUUCUUUUUGUUUUGGUUUAUUUCAUAGCAAUGGCUUGGCCGUGCAUCAGCAGAGUCUGCUGCUUGGCUCGGUUCUGGAACCAGUUCGAUAAAUCGGAUUUGUCGGUUCCGCUAACGAUUCAGAACUACUCUGACAUCGGGGAGCAGGAGGUGCAAUCCGUCACCAAACUCGUUUCCACGGAACAGACGCCGGGCGUCGACUUCGUAACGCCGGACCAUGCAGCUGGAGUCCGGCGACCGCAACGAGGACGGACGGAACCGAGUUAUAAACCCCGCGAGGACUACCAUCCCCCGGGUGUGCCUUUCCCGAGCGUCACCCAGUACAAACAGGAUUACAAACCCUGGCCCAUCCCGAAGAAGGAUAACUUUCCCUGGAUUAGUAACGGAGGGAAAGGCGGCACUUUAACGGAUAGCCCGGUGAACGGUUACUCUAACGGCACGAGUCAGCCGCGGGCGGGCAGGCAGAGAGGAGGAGAUCAGCUCAGCUCAUACAGGAAGGAGUACCAGCCGUGGUCUGGAGCUCGGCCAUCAAAGCCUGUCCACAAACGGCCCACCUUCCUGGGUACAGGUGCUGACCAGCCCCCACCAGAGACCAGCUACCAGGCUGCCUUCAGCCCAGACUCACACAGACACACGGACGCCGGCGUACCGGAGACCAGCACACACGCACAGACAGAGAGAGCACACUCACACAGGACAGAGAGCAGCAUGAAACCAGAGGAGCAGAAGACUAAGCUGUCACCAAACCCAUCUGCCGUCUUUCAAAGCAAAUCCAGGAUCUUCAACAUAUGAUCCAUCAACACUCCCCAUAUAAAGAGCCACAUUCACGUCUGAUUCGGCCUUUCACUAGAAGAGGAGACCAUUUUAAAAAUGAAUUGCCAUCUGAAUAUUGAGAAACUGAAGUAGUUCUGAGAGACUAGGAUUGUCAGAGGAGAAGAAUGCCAGAGGAUGAAUAAAGACGGGUUCAAUGCAAGAGCUUGUGAAAAGUAAAAUAGAAUUCUCCAAAUCAUUCCACUGAGGAAACUACAGAACCAGAGGAAUUUUGCUAGAAAUUUACACAACGUGAAAUCUAUGCAAGAGAAUGUAUGCUUCAAAUGUCAACCAUCUACUAGAAGGAUAUGUUUGUAUUGUAAUACACUUCAGAUUUAAGAGUGAUAGAAAGAGUGUGUGACUGGGAAAGUUUUCGGGCCUCAGUUUCUGCUAACUGUCCCAGUUGAAUGAAUAUCUGCAUGUUUCCUAAAAGUUUUAUGAAUUGAUUGAAUAUGCAAGAUUUAAAAAUGUUUAAAAAGCAACAAAAUGUAAUCUGGUGUCUGGGUGUGUUUAUCCUGUACAAGCUUAGUUAAUGAUAUGCUUUUGUAUAUAGUGAUGUUGGUCUGCCAAUAUUGAUCUGCUAAUGUCUGCCUGAGGAUGCCGGGUGCUUCUUAUCACCAUUUUCAUGCUCCAGACCCUGCUAGCCCUUUAUGAAACCCAUAUAAAGACUAAAAUAUUAAUAUGAAUAUUUCACUGUCACUGAAUUGGGGGCUGUGCAAGUAUUUUGUAAAUUCAGUUUAGAGAUAAAUGGGGGAAAUCCUUAGGACAAA